CCCUCAUUUUUCUAAUUGUCGUUAUUAUCUGCCUACUUGCCUACUUACACUGCUUUUCAGCUCUGAAAUAUUAAUUAAAUGUGUUGAUUAUAAUGGCUGCAAGAAGCGAAAGCCAGAAGAAAUUUCUUGAAAAUGUUCAAAUAGAUCUUAGGAACUUAUCACAGGAGGCUAAGAAGAAAUAUCCUCAAUUAAAAGAUGCAUGUGAGGAGGCAAUAGUGAAAGUCAGAGGUGGACUGGCAAACCCUGACGUCACCCUCCCGCACAUCAGUGCCCACAUCCUCUACCCACUUGUACAGGGCUGCGAGACAAAGGAGCCAAAAAUUGCAAAGCAAUGUCUGGGCACGAUCCAGCGGCUGAUCCUGCAGCAGGCCGUGGACACCAAGGGUGCCGGCUACAUCACAGAGACCGUCUGGGGCCUAAUGCGCUCCAACAUCGAGGAGGUGAAGCUCCUUCAGACGGUGGCACUGCUGCUUACAACAAAUGCUGUCGCACAGGGUGACACGCUGGCCAAGAGUUUGGCGCUGUGUUUCCGGCUGUGCUUCUGUAAGGACUCGACUGUGAUGAACACGGCCGGUGCCACCGUCCGCCAGCUGGUGUCGCUCGUGUUCGAGCGAGUCCUCACUGAAGAUAGCAGGGACCCGCCAAAGACGUCAGGUGAGGCGUCCGACAUGGAGCACCUGAAGACAGCCAGCGGGUCGCCGCCCAACACACUGAAACCGGCCGCUGCCGACGCCUACCUGCUCUUCCAGGACCUCGUCCAGCUGGUGAACGGCGAGCAGCCGUUCUGGCUGGCGGGACUCACUGAGAUGACGCGCACAUUCGGCCUGGAGCUGAUCGAGUCCAUACUCUCCUCAUUCCCGGGAAUCUUCUACAAGCACCCGGAGUUCACGUUUCUGCUGAAGGAGCGCGUGUGUGCCAUGGUGAUCCGUCUGUUCUCACCAAACCUGAAACACCGCGGCGCGGCGCCGCCCCACGGCACUCCGCCCAGUCCGCAGGACAAGCCCUACUUCCCCAUCAGUAUGAGGCUGCUCAGAGUGGUGGCCGUGCUUAUUAUGAAGUUCUACCCGCUGCUGGUGACCGAGUGUGAGAUCUUUCUAUCGCUGGUGGUGCGGCUGCUGGAGCCCGACAAGCCCGUCUGGCAGCGCGCCGUCGCCCUCGAGGUGAUCCACAAGCUCUCCGUCAGGGAGGACAUCCUCACUAGCUUUUGCACCAGCUACGACAUGAAGCCGCACUCGACCAAAAUCGUGCAGGACAUUGUCAACAGCCUGGGUGCUUACGUGCAGAGUCUGUUCGUUCGCGACUCGGCUGGAGCGUUCUCUUCGUCCGUGGCCGGCUCAGCAGUGACCCAGGGCCACCCGCCGUCGCUGCUGGCCGGUAUGCCGGUCGGGCCCGGCGUCACGCCCCAGCCGGCCUUCUACUACCGAGGAGUGUGGAUCCCGCUGGCCGUGUCCUUCCCGCCCGGAGCCACCAAGGCCACCUACCUGGAGAUGCUGGACAAGGUGGAGCCUCCGUCGGUGGUGGAGGGCUACGGAGCCUCCGUGGCGUACACGUGUCUGAUCGAGAUCGUGCGCUCCCUGACUCUGAUCACGGACCGGGCGCUGCCGCCGGAGCCGACUGUCGAGCCCGCCGCCGCCGCCGAUGGGGCCAAUGGGGCCGCUCAGAAGACUGACAGCAAAUCAGCAGCGGAGCCGGAGCCUGCUAGCUCCUCUCCCGAUGCCUCACCAGCAGCGGCCGACUCCUCGCCCACCCCCGCCGCCGCCCCGACCGCCGAGGGGUCUCCUACUACAGAGGGCCAGGAGGCGGUGGCUCCUCAGGAUAAGGAGCAGGAGGCCGCCGACUCGGGCCGCCAGCUCAGCUGCCAGCUGGUCAACUCCAGCUGGUGCGGCCUGCUGGCGGCACUCUCAGUCCUGCUCGAGGCCAGCACGGACGAGUCGGCCACAGAGGCGAUCUUGAAGGCGAUGCAGUCUCUGGCGCAGCUCUCGGGCCGGCUGGAGCUCACCACGCCGCGGGACGCCUUCAUCACAGCCGCCUGCAAGGCCUCUCUGCCGCCGCACUACACACUCACCGUGCUGAACCCGCAGAGGUCUCCGACGCACGGCCCGUCGGCGCCCGCGCCCGCCGCGGCCGCCGCCGCCGCCGCGCCUGACGGCCUCUCGCGGCAGCAGGUGGUGGCGGUGGGCACCGCGCUGCCGACCGCUUCACUACCCGCCGCCGCGCACCAGGGUCCUGUGAUGCUGACGGCCAAGAACCUGCAGUGUAUGCGGGCGAUCCUGGCGCUGGCACACUGCCACGGUGCCGUACUGGGCACCGCCUGGCAUCUGGUACUCACCACACUGCAGCACCUGGUGUGGAUCCUGGGUCUGAAGCCGGCGACGGGCGGCUCUCUGAAGGCGGCCGCCCGGCCGGUGGGUAGCGGGGGCGGCGGCGGCGCGGCCGGCGGCGGCUCGGGCGCCGACGCCGCCGUCCUGACCACGGCCGUGCUGGCCGACCUGCCCGUGCUGUCCGCCAUGCUGUCGCGGCUGUUUGAGAGCAGCCGGUACCUGGAUGAAGUGGCGCUGCAUCAUCUGAUCGACGCGCUCAACCAGCUGAAUCACGAGUCGAUGGAGCUCGCCUUCUCCAAUCGGGAGCCGUCGCUAUUCGCUGUGGCCAAGCUCCUGGAGACGGGUCUGGUGAACCUGGACCGUGUGGAGGUGUUCUGGCGGCCGCUCACCUCGCACCUGCUCGACGCCUGCCAGCACCCCCAUCUGCGCAUGCGCGAGUGGGGCGCCGAGGCGGUGACCACGCUGACCCGGGCGGCGCUGCAGCACACCUACCCCACGCCGCUCAAAGACAACCAGCGCCUGCAGACGCUGCUGCUGACGCCGCUGCAGGAGCUGUCUGUGGUACCGCAGGCCGACAUCCGUCAGCGCCAGCUCGAGUGUACGCUGCAGGUCCUACAGAGCUGCGGGGAGCGGCUCUCGCACGGCUGGCCGCUGGUGCUCACCAUCAUCGGAGCGGUCAACGAGAGGCACACUGAGCAGCUGGUCCGACUAGCGUUCCAGUGUCUGCAGCUAGUGGUCACCGACUUCCUGCCGGUGAUGCCCUGGAGCUGCCUGCCUCCCUGCGUCGAUACGGUGGCCAAGUUCGGAUCGCAGACGCAGGAGCUCAACAUCUCUCUCACCGCCAUCGGACUCAUGUGGAACAUCUCGGACUACUUUUUCCAAAGCCAGGACAAGCUGCGCAGCUGCCUGACGGCCGAGGCCGGCGUGUUUCCCGAGUUUCCCGGCGUUCAGAACAUGCCACCGUUCGACCGGCUCUGGAUGUGUCUGUUCGCCCGGCUAGGUGACCUGUGCGUGGACAGCCGGCCUGCGGUCCGUAAGUCUUCCGGACAGACCCUCUUCUCUACCAUCGCGGCGCACGGCUCGCUGCUGCAGCACAGCACCUGGCAGGCUGUUCUCUGGCAGGUGCUGUUCCCGCUGUUGGACAAGGUGCGGACGCUCUCCGGCUCUGCCAGCACAGAGAAGGACGACACGGGCGGCAACAUCCUCAUCCACCACUCGAGGAACACGGCCCACAAACAGUGGGCAGAGACACAGGUGCUGACGCUGUCUGGCGUGGCUCGGGUGUUCCACUCGAAGCGCUCGAUCCUCUGUUCGCUGGCCGACUACCAGCGAGCCUGGGCGCUGCUCCUAGAGUUCAUACAGAACGCAGCGCUCAAUGAGAAUAACGAGGUGUCCCUGGCGGCGCUCAAGUCGUUCCAGGAGAUAAUGUCAUCGAGUAAGGGCGGCUCGACCGAGGGCACCGGCUCGCCGUCAUCGGCUCAGGACGACGCUCAGGUCAACUGGAGCGCUGCCUGGCGGGUGUGGCACAGUAUCGGCUCGGGUGUGACGGAGCCGCCGCCGCCCGGCGGGCCCACCGCUGACGUGUUCGUACCGUCCCAGCCGUUCCUCACGGCCCUGGUGCAGAUCUUUCCUGGAAUGUUCCAGCACAUUAAAUACAGGUUCCGUGCGGAGGACUUUUCGACGCUGUGUUCGAUCCUGGAGCGGGCGGUGGCCGUGCCGGUACACGGAGAGGUGUCACCCUUCAUCCUGCCCUCUCUCACUGAGGUGGUGCUCACCAAACUGCAGGAGGCCGUGCUCGCCUGCCUCGACACCGUGGAAAAGGGCGCACUAUCCGACACGGAGCCGGUGAAUCAGCUGAUCCCGGCGCUGUUUGACCAGCUGCUGACGUUCUCGCGGUACGGCUGUCAGGCCCCGUCCUAUGGCGACGUACCGACGCGGCCACAGGGCAACUCGUCCAACAAGACGACCGACUGGGUGGCCAUGAACUACGUGCCUUUCGCCGAGACCACGCUGCGCCGGGCCACGGCGCUCUACAAGACUACGGCGCGCAGAUCGGAUGUCAUCGAGACCAGGGUGCUGGAGAAAAUCAUACAGAUGCUGGAGCUGCCGCUGUCGCUCAAGUACGCGUGUCCGGCGCCCACCACGUGGCGGCUGGCCGUCUCCUGUCUGCUGGACGUACUGAAGGAGGGUCUGGUGACGGCCCGGCAGCACCGGCAGCACAGUUCCAACGUGUGGCCGCGGCUGGCCGCCUGCCUGGAGGCGUUCCUCUUCUCGCAGAGUGAGCCACCAGCCUCUCUGAGCGCGGAAGAGCAGCAGGCGGACGAAGCUCUCGACUGCGCCGUGGUCCGUAUGCUGCGGGACGACGUACUACCGUUCGCCGCCGUGGUGCCCAACCAGUUCCUGGUGUCUGUCAUGGCGCUCCUCAACAGGGGGUCGCUGCACUCGGCACAGCAUGAGAGCCUCGAAAACGGCACCAGCCGUCUGCGGGAGGAGUUUGCCAACGCGUGUUUCGAGACGCUGCUGCAGUUCUCUCUGCAGGCGGGCCCGGCGGCGGCGCGUGCGUCUGCGGACGGCGGGAUCACAGCCCAGCUGGCCGUCACGGCGCUCGUACACAGGUUCAGGGAGGUGCUGGUCGGCUUCGUGGAGGACGGCAAGCUGGCCGGAAAGUGUCCCCUGCCCAGUGACCAUUUUUCCAGACACCGCAUGGCCGAGAUAUCGUUUGUCCUCCGUGCCAUUACGUCGCUACUGUCUUCGUUGAAGAAGGCCGAUCCUGAGAAAGUGGACCACCUGACGUGGCAGCAGCUGGUGGAGCUCUACCCUCCGCUGGUAAGCUGCACUCUACUGGCCUCGGAACAGGUGGGCCGGCCACUGCACGACGCGCUGCUGCAGUACGCCGACCUCCUGCGGCCUCCCCCCGACCGGCUCGGCUCCGCCGCAGGACACAACGGUACCUCGUAACGACUACGGACAGACUAGUGUACUGUGGGGUCAUCGCCCGCCGCGGUCUAGAACUGUGUAGACAGGGUCGCGUCCGUCCGUCCGUCGGGGCGGGCUGGUCGGCCUGCCCGGCUGGAGUCUGCCGAGCGCGGGGGCGACCGCCGCGGCCCCCCACACAGGUGAUAUGUAGCUGCUGUUCUGUUGUUGGCGGCCUGGCCGAGUUUGUUUAUUUUUCUGUGCUUUUUGUGUGGUCGGGUUGAUCUGACUGGAGAGUAUCAGGUGGGGUGUUGUCGAUGCUAUGGGAGGGUCCGCGCGUGGACUUGUACCGAGUGCAUGGGGCGGGGGAGCGAGUCAUUCCAUGGUAUGAGACGGUAGACGUGUAUGUGUGUUCGGGCGGCUAGAUAGCGCGUUAUUAGUGUUCAGCCGGGUUGGGCGUCACUCCGCGGUGCUAGCUAGAGCUGGCGAUCUGCGGUGACCCGCUGGUGAACCCACAUACGGCGGAUCUGGUGACAAAUACCAGACGGUUCUGUAAACUCUAUGUUAUGUGCAACAAUCUGAACUUCUCCAGGCUUCCGUUCAGUCUCACUUCUCCGUUCGUUACCGUUUAAAUCUUCCACCAAACUGUGAGCAGUGUUCCGUCCUUCCCUAGACAGCACCUCCCAUAUUGUCCAUUUAUUCACCUAUCUAAGCCGCCGCGCGGGGUCCUUUCACAGGCUCGUAUUCAGGUCUGGGCGACCGGUACAAUAACGCACUCCGGUCGCCGACUGACUGAUUGCGAGCGGCAACAGUUGUAUAUCAGGGCACCGUCCAAAUAGAGCGGGGUCGGGCGCCGCGACGGGAACAUACAUAAUCACAUGCAAGUGAGACGUUGAUAGCGAUGAUGGUAGCGUGGAUAUGCGAAUACACGCGUUGUACACGA